GCACAAGACCGAAUCUACUACGACCGUCCUGCAGCCGAAGAGGACUCACUUUUCAAGCCGGAUUAUCUUCACAGACACCGAGAUCAGCUAGGCUGUGGCUGUAGCGAAUCUACUGCGUGUGACGAAGCGAUUAAAGCGUCGUGCGACCAGCUUGGAUGCGAUGUUGCACAUCAAGUAGUAAGAACACGACUGGAGUCUACGAUGUUCGAGUCGCGAAUACAUGUUGGGCGCAUCGGCUCAGGUGAUACGGUGAUGAAAUCAGGCGAACACCGGGACAGGGUUGCUCAAGAGCAUAACAUUAUUGCCUUUGAGAUGGAGGGGGCGGGCGUUUGGGAGGAGAUCCCGUGUGUUAUUGUUAAGGGGGUAUGUGACUACGCCGACAGUCACAAAAACAAGUUAUGGCAGGACUUCGCCGCUGCAAUGGCGGCCUCAGCGACAAAGGCGCUGAUGGAGCGCUACGUUUGCAGGAUUCCCAGGACAAUCUCCGACCCUACUCCUACCAUGUAUACGCUUGCCCCUGUUUUGUCAGGCGUUGUAGGGGUGAGUCGCUUCGUUGGUAGAGACGACGAACUUGGAUGUCUGCAUGAGGCGCUGAAAUGGACGGGUGAGCGCCGCACCGCCGUGCUGCAGGGUCUAGGUGGCAUGGGAAAAACUCAGUUAUCGAUAGAGUAUACGAAGCGGCAUCGCAACGACUACUCGGCCAUGCUUUGGCUGAACGCAAGGGACGAGACAUCACUGAAGCAAAGCUUACAACAAGCGGCGCAGCGAAUCUUGCGGGAACACCCGACUGUGGCAUAUGUACAGAAUGUCAUGAUAAAUCAGGACCUUGACGAGACGACGGAAGCAGUCAAGCGAUGGCUGGGUGAAGCGAGGAACGACCGCUGGCUCGUUGUCUACGAUAACUACGACGAUGUCAGAUUUGAUCGCCGCGGCGCAUAUUCAAAGGCGUACGAUAUCCGUCCGUACUUCCCUGAAACCGACCACGGCGCCAUCAUCGUCACAACCCGAUCCUCAACAGUGAAACUCGGGCAGUUGAUCCGGCUGAGUAAGCUAGGCGACGUCAAUGACAGCUUGGCUAUACUGGAGUCAACAUCCAAUCGUGCCCAUCUGAGCCAGAAUCCUGAUGCUUAUACGCUUGCGCGGCGACUUGACGGCCUUCCGCUUGCCCUUUCGACGGCUGGAGCGUACCUCAACCAAGUGUCGACGAGCUGCGCUGAGUAUCUCCGGCUGUACGACGAAUCAUGGCUGCGAUUACAGAGAGAGAGUCCACAGCUUCUGGAUUACGAUCAAGCGUUGUACUCGACGUGGGGUAUCUCAUUCAACCUCAUUCAGCAGCAAAGCAGAGGUGCAGCUACCCUCCUUCGACUUUGGGCAUACUUCGAUAACGAGGACCUAUGGUACGAACUGCUGCAGGAUAUGGGUUCAGAGGGGCCGGUUUGGCUACAAGACAUAACGAAAGACAACUUGAUCUUCAACACAAUAAUGAGACUUCUUUGCGAACAUGGACUAGUAGAGGCGGACCUUACUAUAAAAGAGACUAAGGGAGAGUCCCGAGGAUACAGUGUGCAUGGAUGUGUCCAUGCGUGGAUAAUACAUGUGCUGAACACAGGAGUCGACGAGGAGAUGGCUUGGACAGCAUUGAGGUGUAUAGCAUCACAUGUCCCAAGCAACGAGCAGCAAGAGUAUUGGAUAGUACAAAGACGACUUUUACAACAUUCAGACCGAUGCAUUACAAAGAUAGCGACAGAUGCGGCGGAGGAAAAAGAUGCAUGGAUGUUUCACGAACUAGGCAUCCUCUACUCGGACCAGGGUCGACUCAAAGAGGCCGAGGCGAUGUACGAGCGGGCUCUUCAAGGCAAGGAGAAGGCACUAGGGCCAGACCACACAUCGACACUCGACUCAGUCGAAUGUCUAGGCAUUCUCUACUCCAAACAGGGCCGACUCAAAGAGGCCGAGGCGAUGUACGAGCGGGCUCUUCAAGGCAACGAGAAGGCAUGGGGACCAGACCACACGUCAACACUCUUGACGGUCGGUAAUCUAGGCAACCUCUACAAAGACCAGGGCCGACUCAAGGAGGCCGAGGCGAUGUACGAGCGGGCUCUUCAAGGCAAGGAGAAGGCACUAGGGCCAGACCACACGUCAACACUCUCGACGGUCCACAAUCUAGGCAUCCUCUACUCGGACCAGGGCCGACUUAAGGAGGCCGAGGCGAUGUACGAGCGGGCUCUUCAAGGCAACGAGAAGGCACUAGGGCCAGACCACACGUCAACACUCUCGACGGUCCACAAUCUAGGCAUCCUCUACUCGGACCAGGGCCGACUUAAGGAGGCCGAGGCGAUGUACGAGCGGGCUCUUCAAGGCAAGGAGAAGGCACUAGGGCCAGACCACACGUCAACACUCUUGACGGUCGGUAAUCUAGGCAACCUCUACUUGGACCAGGACCGACUUAAGGAGGCCGAGCCCAUGUACCAGCGGGCUCUUCAAGGCUACGAGAAGGCACUUGGAGCAGACGCCAUAAAGACCUAUAUUCCUGCCUUGAACGCACUUCAAAAUCUCGGCUCUUUGUUUGAGAUGCUUGGCGAGAAUAGCAAAGCUAUCUCAUACUACUCAAAAGCACAGAACGGCUUCUUAUCCGUACGAGGGUCACAGAACGAACGGUGUACAUAUUUGUCUGAGAAAAUAGGCUCAUUACAGCUUGUUAUACAAGAGAUGGAUGUUUCGCUUCGCGUACAGAAGCCAGGACGAGGGCUGAAAGCCAAAUGGAAGACAUUGAAGGGACAUCUGAAGAGGCGCUAGACACGCUUAAGACUAUCUUACAUACUACUUACAGUAGAGCCAUAAUAAUCAUUACUGAGCCAAUACACGCCCUUCCCCCAGACCAGCAUCUAUGAAUCGUAAUCCGGUGCAAUACGUGCAUUACAGCGGGACCUAUGCACAAGUGGAUUUUCUGUGAAUAGAAGCCAAACAGAA